UGAACAAAAAUGUGCAAUUAAUAAUUUUUGUUUGUUUUCUCCAAUUAAAGUAAUGAUAAACUAAAGUUAUUAAUGAAUUAGAGAGUUUUGGGUAAAAGAAAUUGGGGGCUAUAAAAAGGUGUUUAAACUUAAAAGAAUGGAGAAAAUUGUGGAGUGGGAAUCUGUUAGUCGGGAAGAGAGUUAGAAGAGUAGAAAAGUAAAAAAAAAAAAAAAAAGUCCGGUAGAAAGAAAGAAAAGAGGGAGGGAGGCUCUCUUCUAAUCUUUUCUUUCCUUUGUAAUCUCUCUCUCUUUUAAAAAAGACGCAGCAGGCAGCCAACAAACAAACAAACGAGGUCAAGCUAAAUAUUCCUCCACCUCCACCUCCACCUCCACCUCCACCUCCAAUCUUCACCUCUCUCUCCCUCUCUACAAUUUUCUUAGCAACGUUAACAUUUCACCACCUUUAAAUUCACUUCCAUAGGUACUGGGUUCUUGUAAUUAAAGAAAACAAGAAAAAGAAAAUGCCAGCCCAGAAACGUUCCCACGACUCUACCCACCAAAACGGCCACGAUCUUCCCCAGCAAGAAGACCACCCCGGAAACCACCAUGAGCAGCAGCUGCCGCUGGUUGGUGAUGGUCGUGCUGCUGCUGAUGAAUCUGAACAAAGCCCAUCUCUUAGUAACGAAGGAGAAGAAGAAGAAGAAGAAGAAGAAGAAGAAGAUGACGAUGAUGAUGAUGAUGCUGAUGAUGAUGAUGAGAAACAAGAAUAUGUAGUAGUAAAGUUGUCUGAAAUACGUAAGGAAGUACAAUGUCCAAUCUGUCUAGGGAUAAUUCGGAAAACAAGGACAGUGAUGGAAUGUCUGCACCGCUUUUGCAGGGAAUGCAUAGACAAAUCUAUGCGCCUCGGGAACAAUGAGUGUCCUGCUUGCCGCACCCACUGUGCCAGUCGUCGUUCUCUGAGAGAUGAUCCAAAUUAUGAUGCAUUAAUUGCUGCCUUGUAUCCAGAUAUUGACAAGUAUGAGGAAGAGGAAUUGGCUUUUCAUGAGGAGGAGAAGGCUCGCAAUAAGCAGAUCCAAGCUUCCAUUACCCAAACCAUUCGCCGUCAAGCUGAAGCUCUUGGUAGGAAAAGGACAACAGCUAAAGCCACGGUAGCUCCAUUUGCAAGGAGAACGCAGGGUCGUUACAGAGAUGCCCACUCAAGGGGGAGGAGAAAUUAUCGAACAGCUGAUCUUCAAGGGUCUGAUGAAAUUGAGGAUGUAAAUGGUGAUGGAGGCAAAGAUUCAUCAUCUGCUGAGGAACAUAGUGCAGAAGUAAAACCAAAAAGAAUUAAGAGAUGGGGAGGUGCUCGGUCAGGAGCUGCUAAUGCAGAUGGAGGUGGUGAUGAAAAUGAUUCAGAAGUGAAUAGAGAAUCGAUGGGAUCUUCUGCUGGACUUGUUGGUCCCUCAGAAAGGCUUGCCUGGGGAAGAGGUGGUAUCCGCAGUCACACACGAUAUGGCAGUGCAAAUGCUGGAAACGGAAAGAAUGCUCGGAACAGCCGUAUCUUUAAGUUGGCAGAUUAUCUCCGAAACUUGGAGGAGAAUAAUAAUGAGUUGGAUAUCUGCCUCAUGCUUGUUUCUUUUGAUGAAGAAAAAAUACCCAGUUUGCAGCGGCCAUACCUCUGCUGCAGACCAACUUUGUCAGUCAAACACCUACGUCAGUAUGUUGCUCUCCAAACUGCUCUGCAAACAGAAGAAAUUGAAAUAUACUUGGUGAAAGAGUUGAAUUCCAAAUUUAAUUCGUUGCCCUCCACAAGUAUAUCAAUUUCUAAGCCUGGUAUAAUUGAUCCUCGCAAAGACAAGUUGCAAGUUCUGGAAGAACAAGAAACUGUGGGAGGACUGAAAACGAAUAAUUUCACUCAAGGGCAUGUGCUUCUAGCAUAUCAGAAAAGGCUUUGGAACUCAAAAUGGUAACAAGAUUACCCGCCACCUUACCGUGAAGAUACCAAAUUAUGUCUUCUUUUUUUCUUUUCUUUUUAUUUUCUUCUACAGAGAAGUAUAGAUUUAUCAAUAUACACUUGUAACAGGACUGGACGACCUCAAUCAAAUUUUUAAUUUUUUUUUUUUCAUUUCAA